UAGAUAUCUCUCAGGUUGUGUAAUACAGAAGCUACUAUGCAAGCAGAGCGUUUGGUGUGUCCCUACAGCUAUAGGAAGUGAUGUCAUCACUCAAUCCUCUGACUAUAAGAGAACAGUGCAUGCAUAAGCAAACUAAAUCAGCUAGAAAUAACAAAGUAAGAAAAUUAAUGUCAGCAAUGUUUAAAAAGAAGACAUCUCCACGAAAGCUACCUGGACUGCGAGACCUGCUAUCUCGACACAGAGCAAUCACAUCGCCAGUAGAUACCAGAGCUCCCAUUGAUGGCUUCCAUACAGCCAGUUGCUCAGAACCUGAUCUAACCAUUCAUGACAUGGUUGACCAAGUGUGUCCCAUGAAUACACUCACCCUGAGGCACGUUAAAUCAGAUGGAUUCUCAUCAAAUGAACAUCUCGAAUAUUCAGAACUGUGUCAGCUGCAGCAAUUUUCACACUCGAGCUCUUCCAUUUCUUUAAGUAGCAAUCCUUCAUUGCACGAGGCUAGUACUGAGGCUCAAGAAGAAACUGACUUUGACUUUGUACCGCGAUUCUUGCUAAGGAAAAAGUUUGGCAACCAUGUUAAAUCAGCCAGUGAUGCUUUGAAUGAAGCGCAAAACAGUACGUUUGUGAGAAAAAAAUACCUUUAUGGCCAUCCACGACCUUUGUCCUCUCCUGAUAUUGCAGUCCCUCUUCCUAUCCAUCAAAUAGAAGCUGCUUACACAAAGACACCCUCUAGUGAAGGUGUCUCUAACAAGAUACCCUCUAGUGAAGGUGUCUCUAACAGUCACACUGAUCUCUCUCCAGCCACACACAAAGAGUCACCACGCAAAACAUCCUCUUUCCUAAAUCUUCACAAAUCAUUUGCAUCAGCAUGGCAGAUCUUCAGACCUAAAAACAAGAGGAAGUUGAGUGCCCAAGACCUCCCCCCACCACCAUCCUACACACGACAAGACACAACCACACUUGCUGAAUACUGUGAACAACAGGAACUUCAACUAACCAGCUCUGACAAUGAUGAGUUCUGUGUGAUCCCCACUGGCUCAGCUAGUAUCCAAUUCUUAGCCCCUCAGAGGAAGCUAUCUGAAUCUGAACUAGAGCGAGAGGAGCUCCUGCGACUAGCUAUAGCCGAGCUAGAGGCACACACCAACGAGCACCUCCAGUGGAGGGAACGCAAGCUGCGCCCUACUAGCAUGUGGAGUACCAGUGGAGUGAUCCUACCUCCUGCUGAUCCAUUUGAGAUACAGUUUGAGUGUGAGAUCAAACAGACACUAACCAUUGCCUUGGCAACUGUCGUCAACAUGAGGGAGGUACCAAACGACGACACUAACAAACAGCUAGCGGAGUAUGUGCUCAAGGUGUUUGACACGGAUGAUGACACAGUGAGACAGCAAUGGAGGAAGGCAUCCACACAAGAAAAACCAGAAUUGAAGCUUGUGUGUACUGUGAGGAGUGGCUCUGGACUAGUGGCCAAGGAUGCCAAUGGCAAGAGUGACCCUUAUGUUCGCAUUGGAAUCAUUGAUGCCACGCGUCAGGGAGAGGAUAUUGUGAGGAGGGAGAAUCUCCUUGACUGGAAGAGAGAGGGUGGAGUCAUGCCCACUGGAGAGGUACGGGUGACAAGUGUACAGAAGGCCACCCUCAACCCUCGCUGGAAUGAGACUCUCGAACUGAGGAUGGGUCGUGCUGAUCGUGAGAUGCUGGUGGCUGAGGUGUGGGACAGUGACAAGGAUAUGGCCCCACCCACCAAGGUCAAGGGCAUUCUACAUUUUGUGCAUGACCUCCGUAAGACUGAUGACUACAUGGGACGUGCCUUCCUCUCUCUGUGGAGUCUGGAGCAAGUGCAGAGUAAGGAGAUGGAGCUCUUCUCUCACUCAGGGAAGAGUCCCUAUGGCUCUAUCAUCGUGGACCUGUCAGUGGAGCAAGUCAAGAAGAACACUUCUCUAGAAGUUGGCAUGUGGGAGCAUAUGCAGCUCACUCACGGGAUAGUGAACUACGAGGGUCGUGUGGGGGGUCAGUAUCGGAGGAAGUGGAGGGGAGAGUUGAGUGAGGAGGCAGAGAAGCUACUGGACAAGCACGCAGAGUUCAGUGGACUCGGUGAAGCACACAAGGCAGCUAUUCGUUUGUCUAUCCUGAUCAAGUACCAUCGGAUGUUUGCUGUCAAGAUGUCAACCUUCUCCUCCCUCAUUCAGAGGAUAUCAGCCUUGGCCCCGGAGAUAGCAGCUCUAGAAGCACUGGGUUACACUGAGGGGGAGGUGUCACACUAUGACUGGAUUGCUGUGUUGAUCACAGACCUUGGUGAGCUGGCACUGGACAUUGAGGAGGUCUUGAAGAACCAUCUCACUGUGCUCAACAUCAAGGACCCCAAGGACCUCCAGAGACUCAAGCAUCGCGUGGACAUUAUGCUUCAGUUGUACGACUUUGCUCCAUUCGUGGAACGGAUCCCUGAAGAGAAGCGGAGUCUGUCACAACUACUGGAGAAGUGUGUUCAAGUUGCUGUGCCCGUCUGGUGCCUCGUGCUCUGUGCCAACCUCAUGCCUGAUCAGAAUACACCUGAGAUGCAGCUGGUUGCCUUCAAGGGUCUCAUUGAGCACAUUCUCAACCACUGCAAGAGAGUUCUGCAACACAUCAACCCCAUCUUUCAGAGAGCCGGUGUAGACUACUUCACUCACUUCUAUCUCAUUAUGGACAAACUGAUUCUGUUGGAGGCCAUGUCCAAGCUGGAGAUCAGAGAGAGCCCCGAUGCUGUCACCACGUAUGAGGUGUACAGGGCAAUCAAGGAGAUCAAGAAACUCAAGAAAAGCAUUCCAAAAGAACAUCGUCAGCAUUUGAAGAUUGCCAACUUUCACACAUGGUUUCAGAGUAAAGUCAACCAGUGGAUAAACCUAGCCACAGAGAGAUGCAGAUCACUUAUCAAGAAAGCCAUUGAGCUGGACACAGUGGUCCAAGUGACGGAUGAUGUUCAGUACUCCUCCUCUGCUGUUGAUGGACACAGCUUCUUGACCCUCCUCAUGAAGCUCAGUGAUGAGUUGGAGUGGCCAGCUAAAGCAGAGGCAUUUACCUUCAAGAUCUCGGUGGUGAGAAGUGUAUGUGAGUGUGCUCUAUUCUACGUGUCUGAGGUGUACAAUCGCCUGAGGCCAGAGGACAUGUUCAACCAACAAGGACGCUUCAGGGCAACUGAGAAGCUGAGCAUAGUGCUGAACAAUAUGCAACACAUCAAGACAGUGAUAGUCAAGCACUUGAAGGAGCACUCACUGGAACAGAGUGGCAAGAAACUAACAGAAGAGGAGCAAGGUAUUCAGACUCACUCCAAGGAGGUGAUGGAGACACUCAUUCAAAGUGCUGGGGAGGACAUUGGCACCAAAAUAGCCAGCAUCAUCUGUCAAAUCAUUUCCAAGAUGAGCCCUGAUAUAACAGCAGAUAUUGAGGCCAUUGUUGAGAGGAAGACGCCCACUACCAGUCUAGAGAUGAUAGACCCUCUCAUGAGCUACUUGGCUAGUAACCUCCAGACAUUGGGAAACCAUCUCCUCACUCCAGUCUUCCAACUCAUAUUGUCAGACAUGUGGUGCAUGUCCAGUGACUGUCUCCAGAGAGUCUCUGAUUCAACCAAGAAGAGUAGCAAUCGCAGUCAGUACUACUCCAAGCUCAGGUUCAUCCUGCACAGUAUUAGAGAGCUAUUCUAUUCUGAUGGUAAUGGUCUGGACCUAGAGUGUCUGGACACUGACAACUACAAGGCACUUCAAUAUCAGCUUGAUAUUCUCAGCCUACCAACAGACAAACUGAUCUUGAAAUUUUUCUCUGAUUUGGCUGAUAUUCAAACUGCUCUGAUCAACUCAGGAGAGGACAAGUACGGCAAGGUGUUACUCAGUGUGGGUUACCAUGGAGACACGGAGGUCAUUGAGGUCAACCUAUUCCAGGCCAACAAGCUGCCAGGACUGGACACAUCAGGACUCAGUGAUCCAUUUGUUGAGUUGACUCUCACGCCUCCAUGGCACUUUGGACACACACACUCUAAGAAACACAAGACUCCCGUCAAAAAGAAGACACUAAAUCCAAUCUUCAAUGAGGACAUCAUCAUGCCUGCCAGUAGGGAGUUGCUUCAAACUCGAGGGGCUGUUAUUUUACUGACUAUCUUUGAUCAUGACAUCAUCAGCUCUAAUGACUUGUGUGGAGUGUGUGUCGUGCCGUGUGAAGACAUUCCCAUCCUCUCCCCGGUGCGCUCAGCCUUUGACAACCCUAAUGCAGUGGAGAGGAGGAACCUGACCCUGCCUCUAUUCAAGAUCCCAGAGAGUACAAUUGCUCUGAAUGAACUAUCUACUCGAGCUAGUUCAUCUGAUCACAGAGCUACUGACUUCCUCAAGGAGAAUAAACAGAUUCUGGCAGAUUUAGAUAUCGAUAAUCCUUUACUCCAACAGAAGCUCAUGACCAAGCAUCUGAGACGGAUCAAAUCCAGUGCAACUGAACUAGCUUCAAAACUUCGCAGAACAAUGUCAUAGCUAGUAGAUCCAUUUUGACUGACUCCCCUUAAAUGUUUGUGUGUUUUAUAAUACAGUGCAUGUGAACUAUUGUUGCAACUUUGAAUAUCAAGUUUGGAAUAUAAA